CGAGCGUCGCUCCGUCCAGACGUUGUCGCGGUUUAAACUCGCUUCGAAGAACGUGAACGAGCGAAUAAUAUAAGAAAAGUUAAAAAGAAGUAAAGAUUAAAGAAAAACCAAAAGUAAAACUGUGUCGACGUUCUACAUGUGCUAAAUACUAGAGUAAACACCAUCGAAAACUCGGACCUAACGGAUACGAAUAGCUAACGGCUCUGCAAUUAGCCACGGCAACAUGUUGCCGCCAUGGAUGUGGCUGUUGCCGCUGCUCUCGGCCAGCUUUGCCGCCGGCCAGCUGCUGAAUCAUCCGCCGCAGUUCGUCCCAGGGACGGGAGACAUGUCCCGCUUUAGCCUUUCGGAGAACACGCCCGUUGGGAGUCCGGUUUAUCAGUUGAAAGGCACCGAUCCGGAGGGCGGACGCCUUAAGUACAGCAUCAGUGGACCCGUUUUUUCCGUUGACAGGGAAACGGGAGUGGUGCGCCUGCGCCAGGAGUUGGAUCGCGAGACCCAGGACACUGUGGAGGUGAUCAUCAGCAUCACCGACGAAGGCAUCUACGGCACCGAACCCAACACUGUUUCCCAGCGAAGAGAGAUUCCUGUCAGAGACUAUAAUGACAAUCAGCCUACAUUCCUGGGAAGACCCUACACUGCCAGUGUCAGCGAAUCCCUACCUGUGGGAGCCGAGCUGAGUGUGGAGCCACCAAUCGUGGUUGUUGAUCGGGAUGAGGGCAUCAAUGCCGAAGUGCAAAUUAAAUGCGUUGAGGAGAAUGACAUCUGCGACAUCUUCGAGGUGCGAGCUGUGAAAAUCUCCGAUGGCAACUACACCGCCCGAGUGGCUCUGAAGCAACCCCUGGAUUUUGAGAGUCGUCCCUCAUAUAUUAUGACCAUCUCGGCCUCAGACAGCGCCUUGGACAACCGCCUCUCCUCACUGGCCACCAUUUCAAUCAACGUGAUCGAUAUUCAGGAUCAGCCGCCUGUCUUCACCAAUGCCCCAUACUCUGCCACAGUGGCGGAGAACACACCCGCCGGUGUGAGCAUUCUGACAGUCAAGGCCAUGGACGGGGAUGUGGGCAUUCCAAGGGAUAUAUUUCUGUCCCUGGAGGACGAACCCUUCGGGCACUUUGAACUGGUACCCUUCGGAGAUCCUCGUGAGGGAACCGCCGUGUUGCAGACCACCUCGGAGCCUCUGGAUCGUGAGAACGCUGAGAUCCUGCAAAAUGGCGGCGUUUACGUGUUCUCCAUUAGGGCCACAGAGCUGAUUGAUGGUGCCAUUCCAGCCGAGUACUCGCUCACUCGGGUGACCAUCGUGGUGACCGAUGUGGAUGACCACCAGCCAACGUUUAGCGGUGAUCACUUUAAUGUUUCCAUUACCGAGAACCUGGCCAAUGGAAUGCCCCUUCCAGGACUCUCGAUCUUUGUGGAUGAUCGUGACAUGGGCGACAACAGCCGCUAUCAGCUGUCCUUGAGGGAUGUGGCCAAUGCCGCCGGUGUAUUUGCGGUGUCUCCCACCGAUGCUCAGGGCAGGACACCGGUUGUGGUGAAAGUGCUGAAUGCCAGUCGCUUGGAUUACGACGUUGCAGAUCCCGCGCUUCGUAAGUUUGAGUUUGAUCUAAUAGCAUCGGUCAAAGGAGUGGAGAAGGCCAAGUCCCGAGUGGAAAUUCAUCUACUGGAUGCAAAUGAUAAUGCCCCGGUGUUUGAACAAGGCACCUAUCGCUUUACGGCAGCCGAGAAUCUUCCCGUGGACGCCUUGAUAGGUACCGUGAGAGCCAGUGAUGCAGAUUCCGGAGAAUUCGGACACGUUCGAUAUGUGCUGAAGGGUUUCGGAGCGGAUAACUUUUAUGUGGACCCAGAAACUGGAGGUCUUUAUCUGCUGAAGCCAUUGGACUACGAAAAACAGAGCAGCUAUAGCCUGACAGUGGUGGCCAUUGAUGGUGGUCAGCGGGAAUCGAAUGCCAAUCUCUUCAUUGGGGUCACCGACGUAAACGACAACCAUCCUAGCUUUGAGAGCCGUGAAUACAGUCGCACCAUUCGCGAGGGAGCUGCCAUUUUUGAACCGCAGUUCUUUGUCCGGGCCCACGAUGCCGAUGGUCCCACACAGGGAAAUGGUAGGGUCAAGUACUCUAUCGUGUCCGAAAACAGCAUAGCUGGAAAUGUAUUCCGCAUCGAGCCGGAUACGGGUGAGAUUGUAAUCCAGAAAGCAGCUCGAUCCAUGGACACUGAACGUGGCGAAUAUGAACUGGUGGUCUCCGCCACAGAUUUCGGAAUUCCGCCUUUAUCGAACACCACUCGCGUCCUGGUUCGUGUGGGCAUCUCCGGCAACCAGCGACCCAUCUUCCGGGGACACUUCCAAAACAUGGAAAACUUGCCAAUAAUUGGGCCUCCGAGCUACAGGGUUUCCAUACCAGAGAAUGCCGUUGCCGGAUCGAAUGUUACCUCGGUGUCUGCCCACGAUCCGGAUGGGUUGGACAGCCUGCUCCGCUACAGAAUUGUGGGAGCCAAUGACAACUUUGAGAUUGAUGAACACUCCGGUUUGAUUACAGUGUCACCCCAAGCCCGCAUCGACCGCGACUCGAAUAUGAACAGCUUUGAGAUUAUUGUUAAUGCCGUAGAUUCCGGCACUCCAAUUCCAGAGACAGCAACUACCACGGUAUAUGUAAAUGUGAAGGACAUAAACGAUGAGCGCCCCAAAUUCGAGCAGGCCAGCUACGCUGCCUAUGUCUCUGAGAGGACAGCUGUGGGAGAAAGCGUGCUUCGGGUUAGAGCCAUCGAUAAGGAUCUCAACUCGAGAUUAGAGUACGGAUUGGUGGGUCCCGUGACAGCUACCACCAAGGCGGGAGUUAACAUUGCCAACCGGAGCAACUACCGUCUACAGGAGGCCUUCCGCGUGGAUAGUCAAUCCGGAGAGAUCUUCGUGAACGGAACCCUACGGCAUGAUGUGGCUGCCAUCAUCAUCUUCACAGUGGGAGUGAGGGAUCUAAAUGCGGAAGUGGAUCCGGAGGGGCAGGUGGAUACCACAGAGGUGACCGUGUAUGUCCAAUCCUUCCAGGACACCAACCCUGUCUUCAAGAACCCCGGCUGGAGCAGCUCUCGACCCGUUAUCGAUGUAAAGAUCAAGGAGGAAAUGCCCAUCGACAGCGCCUUGUUUAUUCUCCAGGCCGAGGACCCUGUGACCCGACAGCCAAUCACCUCCUUUGAGUUGGUGGAACCCAAGCAAGUGGAAUACUUCCAUGUGGCAGAGCGAACAGGAGAGGUAAUCCUUAAAAAACGGCUAGACUACGAAGCUCUGGGAGAGAGCGGACCCGACUUUGAACUCCAGGUGCGGGCCAAUAGCGCCGAUCGCCAACGUAGUACCGUCAGCCGGGUGAACAUCACCGUGGAGAACGUGAAUGACAAUAGUCCGCGCUUUGAGCAGAGUUCCUAUAGAGCCACCAUAAUCGAGAACCGACCACAUCCGGAGCGAGUGAUCCGGGUGAGAGCGUUGGACAAGGACGCCGUCUUAAACGCACGUGACGAGCGUUUGGGAUACCACAAGAUUAUCUACUCGCUGCAGGGCGAACAUGCUAUGCUCUUUGAGAUCAAUAACACCACAGGGGAGGUGAUCGUGGCAAGCGGACAAAUCAUUGAUCGGGAGCGCACCCCAAGGAUUCAGCUCCAGAUCAAGGCAGAGGACUCGCCGGGCAGGCCCACGGAUGCCAAGCAGAGCGUCGUGGAUCUGCAGAUUGAAGUGUUGGAUGUUAACGAUAAUGCGCCGGAGUUUACACAGAAGAAGUACAGUACGGUGAUCCCGGAGAAUGCCCAAAUCGACUCGUUCGUCCUCCAGUUGGAGGCCCUUGAUGCAGACGAGGGACUCGGAGGUGAAGUGCGAUACGAGAUGGUCAACGAGGGCGAGGCCAACGGACUCUUCAAAAUCGAUCCCAAGAGCGGUCUGAUAUCCACACGCCGCAAUCUCACCGGCAAGGGUCGCUCCGAACCGUACGAUCUGAUUGUCCGUGCCCAGGACAAUGGGAACCAGCUGCCCAAGCAGCCAACUCUGUCUACUGACACCGAUGUUAAGAUCUUUAUUGGCGACGUUAGUGCCAACGACGGCGUGCCCUACUUUGUGGCUCCCCGCGUGGGCCAAAUGGCGAAUGUCACAGAGAAUGCUGUAAUUGGAGCCCCAGUGUUCCAAGUAAUUGCCAGCGAUCCCGAUGACGAAAAUACUCCCUCCGGAACCAUAACCUACCGCAUUCUGCCGGACACUCCGGACGCUGAAGCCUUCACCAUAGACACCCACUCGGGACUAAUAACUACCAGGGAAUCACUGGAUCGUGAGACCAAAAAUAUGUACAAGAUCUUGCUGGAAGUGAGUGACAAUGGGCAGCCCAAGCAGUCGGUAACCAGAAUUCUGCAAAUAGCAGUUUUGGAUGUGGACGAUCACGAACCACGAUUUGCAAGGGAAAUUGAUGAAGGACCACGCACCAUGUCUGUCAAAGAAGAGGAACCCGCUGGCACUGUGGUUGGCAACUUCACCGCCGUUGACGAAGAUCUUGGCGAGAAUGCGGCCAUUGAUUAUGUGAUCAUCGAGGGAAAUAACGAGCAGCUGUUCACCAUCGAGCGGAACAAUGACAGCCUGGCUAUCCUCAAGACCCAGAAGCCUAUCGAUCGGGAGCAGGUUGAAUCCUUCACCCUGACGGUUAAGUGCUUGAAACUGGGCGAACCUGGCUUCAAGUUCAUUGGAGAUCCCUAUGAUCGCCGGGAUACCUCACAUCUUCGUAUCACUAUCCGAGUCCUCGACAUUGACGACAAUCUGCCGCAGUUUGAGCAACCGGAUCCCACGGUGGGCAUAAGGAUUAACGUGCCCAUCGAUACCGUGGUGACCACUCUGCGGGCCAGCGAUGCAGAUGCCGAGGCUCCGCCCAUCGGACUCUCUAUCGAGAAUGUGACCUUUGUGCCGCAGUUCUACAAGCGAAGCCGCAGUUUGGCCGUGGGUAAUCUUCAGAACCUCUUCACACUCAACAACCGAACCGGGGAGUUGCGAACUGGAGGCUCCUUCGCUGACUACGUGGACGGGUAUUUCCUGAUGCGGCUGAUGGCCAACAACUCGGUGGAACCUAAACGCCAGGCUUACAGUAACCUCAAGGUGUUUGUGAUCCGGGACAAGUCGCUGCUGAAAUUUGUGUUCGCCCGUCCGCCCAACGAGAUCCAGCACAACAUCCGGCUCUUCCAGGAGCAGCUGCAGAAGAAACUGCGGCCCCUGGGUCUGGAGCUGCACGUCCUAGACACCCAGGUGUUCACCAGACCAGACAUGAGCCUUGACUUCACUGCCACCAGCUCCUGCUUCCAGAUGUUCAAGAACGGCGCAGCCCUGUCCUUCAAUGAAAUGCAGAAGCUGAUGAACUCGCAGCAGCUGCGCCAAGAGCUCAUCGACACGUACGCUGCCUACGGAGUGAGCGAAGUGGAGUCCUGCUCCGUCCGGAGAACCCACACGGCGGCCCUAUUCGCCGGCAUGCUGACCUCGGCGGGGGCAUGGCUGGUCUUCCUGGCAGCCCUCAUAGGCCUGGCUGCCUUGAUAUCCUUGUGCACUGCCUGCUGCCUGAAGAAGAAGCUGAAGCGGCACAGCAAGCGGAGCCUUCAGGCGAGUCUGCGAACGCCCACGGAGCACACGCCCACCUCGUACAGCUACUCAAUGCCCGCCGUGCUCUACUCGGAGCCCAUCUAUGGGCCAUUGUAGCCGCAGCUCAUCUUCUGUACGGGGCGGUCCAGGUUCAACCACUGACCACAUAGACGUAAAUGUAGACGUAGACUAAGAGUGCCCAAGACUCGGGCCCCCUUUGCACCAGCGGAGAUCCUUAAGAGUCCCCAAACUCGAUCGGAUCUCCGCUCGGCCGCUGCGAACCGGGACCUUGCAGAGAUUGGUAGUCCGUGGAAUGCCAAAUCAGUCCAUAUAAGCUUAAGCAUACUAUGCGCGUGAUCUAGUAUGUACGUGUAGAACCAUUUAGAGUUAGCCUAGGUUAGUCUGUAAAAAAAACAUAGCGAUUAUCCAAUUGAAAAGCGUAGCCUAAGUCGAGUCAGUUCUCUGUGUCAUCCGCGCCAAAGUGCAGGCUGAAGUCCUCUCGCUGACUCUGCCCUUUGGCAGGUCUGGAAUGCAUUUAUUUUUACCUAUAUUUAUCUUAUCGUCUAUUUGCCAAACACAUGUCGAACAAGUGCAGAAUAAAUAAUGCUUCAAACGUAGUCCAAUUCCAGGUCCGCAACCCAAUUCAAAAUCCUAUCCUAUCCUCGGCCAGGAGUCAAAGUCAGGCCCCAUGUGCGUGUCGCCCGAAAAUGAGUGUUUCGUUUUCAAACAGAAUGCAUAUGGUUUUGCCGUUAAGUAAAUAUAUUUAUAUAUAUAUAUACCUACGACUAAGUAGUGUGUCCAAUGUGAACAUGUGUGCAAAUAAAUUCUAUUAACUAUGAACUACGUAAAAAAUGUGAAAACAAAACGCGAGCACUUACUCACUGAAGUGAUAUGCAAAUGAAUAGUGAAUUCCCUCUAAUGUGCUAAAAUCCAGGAAGGUAC